CAGGCUCAAGACAUUAUUAUGUUCUCACCUUUUCCUGUUUUAAUGGGCACGUUUUAUGGCCAAACCUUGAAACUCUACAACAGCUAAUGGUGUGAAACAGAGAGGCAUUACAUCUUGUCUCAUAAACUAGCAAUAAUUCAUUAAUGACCAACUUUGCAGAAACAAAUUUGUCAUCCAGAUUAAAGAAACUAAAAAGCCACAUAUGAUUUUCUCUGUAACUUGGUUACAGGAGAGAGAGAGAGAGAGAGAGAGAGAGAGAGAGAGACAGAGAGAGAGAGAACCUGUUUCUAUCAUCAAGAAUAGCCUGAGAGUCAACAAUUAGAAGUUAAUUGUUACAGCCAAGAUACGUGGGCCUGCAACUAUAGCUUGAGCCAACAGAAAUCAUGGCCUCAAGGAGCAACUUCAAGAACAUUGAAUGGGCAAUUCAAGCUCUCCAAAAUUCAGAAAACCUGAAUUUACAGACGAUCUCUUUCUAUCACUGCCAAACCACUUCUAAUUGCUAUCAAGAAACAGAAACCUCAUUGACCAUUAACAUAUCAGAUGAGAGAGAAAGCCACAAUCAUUUCUCUCUGCUUCUAUCAGCCUUAUCAUCACCAAGAAAGAAAACACAGAAUAGUGCUCUAAAAACCAUGGAGUUUCAUUGGGUUCAAUGGGAAACUCCUGAGCAACUCAACAGUCUCUGUAAACUAUUGGAGCCACCCUCAACACUGAGGCAGCUUGUGUUCCAUAGAAACUCUCUGGACUCUGAAUGGUUAUCGAAAUUUUCAGAGAUGUUGGGAGAGAGCCGUGGGUUGAAAGAGAUUAUAUUCUCAGAGUCACGAAUUGGAUGCACAGGAGCAACAAUGCUUGCUUCUUCUUUGAAGAGGAAUGAAAGCUUGGAAGAAUUGCAGAUAUGGGAUGAUUCGAUUGGGUCCAAAGGAGCAGAAGAGCUGUCAAAGAUGAUAGAGGUGAAUUCUACCCUUAAACUUCUCAUAAUUCUUGAUUCCCAAUCUCUCACUGCAACUCCAUUGAUUUCAGCUGUGCUAGCUCGAAAUAGAUUGAUUGAACUCCAUGUUUGGAACAGAGAGAAUAGAGAGAAAAACACGAAGGUAGUGGAGUUCAUACCAGAGAACAGUGCUCUGAGAAUUUACAGGCUAAAUCUCUCUGGUUCUUGUAGAGUGGCUGGAGCUUUAGGCUAUAAUUCAACAGUUCGGUCACUUGACCUAACUGGAAUUCAACUGAAGUCAAAGUGGGCAAAGGAGUUUCGAAAUGUUUUGGAAGAAAACAGGAGCCUUAAACAUAUUAAUCUAUCAAAAACCAGAUUGAAAGAUAAAGGGGUUGUGUAUAUAGCAGCCGGGCUUUUCAUGAACCAGAGUUUAGAGACAUUAAUUCUUGAGGGUAAUAUCUAUGGUGGUAUAGGGAUUGAGCAUCUGCUAUGCCCAUUGAGCCGGUUUUCUGCUACACAGAACCAGGCUAAUCUUUCUCUUAAAUGUUUGUUUCUUGGAGGUAAGAAAACAAAUAUCAAUAGGGUAGGAAUGGCUGCAAUUUUGCGAAUGUUGGCCACAAAUCAGAGCUUGGUGAAAUUGGGUAUUUGUGAAGACACUAGCUUGAGAAGCCAUGAUUUUAUCAGGGCUUUCAGGGCAUUAGAAAGGAACACAACACUGAAAUGCUUGUCUUUGAGAGGUUGCAGAGGGGUAGAGGGAGAGUCGCUGUUUCAGGCGAUCAUGGAUACUUUGGAGGUCAAUCCAUGGAUUGAAGACAUUGAUCUAUCAGGGACUCCAUUACAGAGCUAUGGAAAAACCGAGGCCAUCUAUAAGAAGCUUGGCCAGAAUGGAAGGAUAGAAUCAGAGGUGGGUCUUCUCCAUGACAUGCCAAUGACAAAGCCUAAGAGUUGCAGGGUCUUCCUCUUUGGACAAGAGUUCGCAGGUAAGACCACCCUCUGCAACUCUAUGGUCAGUGCGUUCACAGGCUCCAAGCUUCCAUAUUUGGAUCAGAUCAAAACACUAGCAAACUCAAUAGAUCAAAUCACAAGAACAGAGGGAGUAAAGAUAAAAACUUUCAAAGAUGAUGAUUCAGAUAUAUCGAUAUGGGAUGUUCCGGGCCAGCCCGAGUUCCAUGCUUUCCAUGACCUCAUGUUUCCGAGCUCUAGUAGCCCAUCCUUCUUCUUCAUUGUCUCGAACCAUUUUAGAAAACCCAACAACACAGAGAAAAAAACCCCACAAGAGAUAGAAGAGGAUUUGCUCUAUUGGCUUAGAUUCAUAGUCUCAAACUCAAGGAGAAGAUCAGAACCAGAAACCCAAGCUCUUCUGCCAAAUGUCACCGUAAUCCUUACCCACUCUGAUAAAAUCACUCAAUCUUCAUCAGAGUUCAUACCCAAUUUAUUUCACAAACUUAGAGAGAAGUUCAAGAACUUCUUGGAACUUUACCCCAUUGCUUUUACCGUGGAUGCAAGGUCCUCAGGCUCCAUUUCCAGGCUUGCAAAACACUUGAGGAAGACAAGCAAAACUGUAAUUGAGAGAGCCCCGCAUCUAUAUGAACUCUGUUACGAUUUGCUUGAUGCCUUGUCAUGGUGGAGAUCGGAAAACAAUAGAAAACCUGUGAUUAGAUGGCCUGAAUUCUCCGAAUUAUGCCAAAAAAGAAUCCCAUCACUCAGAAUCCGAUCAAGGCAUGGCGACAGAGAGAGAAUUGAGGCCAAGCGUCGAACCAUGGCUCUCUCUCUCCAUAAUUUGGGAGAGAUAAUCACAUUCGAUGAAUUGGGUGUCCUAAUUUUGGAUUGCUCUUGGUUUUCUAGCGAAGUGAUUGGAAAAUUGGUGAGGUUUGGCGGGAAAACUCAGAGCGCAGUAAGUAACAGUGGGUUCAUAACUAGAAAAGAGUUGGAGAAAAUUUUGGUGGGUCAAAUUCCUUCAAUUGGGGUGAGUGAUUUAGUGAGAAUGAUGCUAAAAUUGGAGCUCUGUUAUGAGCAAGUGGCUGGAGAUUUGAAUUCUCCAUUGUUAAUUCCUGCUAUGCUAGAGGAAGGGAGGGGGAAGUUGCAGAGAUGGCCUUUUGUUUCACCGGAGAGUGUCUUUGUUGGAAGGCAUUUGGAGUGUGAUGAGUCAAGGCACAUGUUUCUCACUCCUGCCUUUUUCCCUCGGUUGCAGGUCCACCUCCACAACAAGAUCAUGGGAAUAAACAGCCAGGCACAAAGCGCAGAUUACAAUCUCGAGAAAUACCUAAUCUCCAUAGCCAUCGACGGCGUGAACAUCAGAGUCGAGCUCGGUGGCCCCCUAGCCCACUUUGUAGACAUCCUAGCCUGCUCCACCAAGUCCACUUCUGAAAUCUUAAGGAUCAUGCAGCAACUCAUAAUCCCCAGCAUCCACAAGCUCUCCCAUGGUGUAAUUCUUAGAGAAAGUGUGAUAAGGACGCAGUGCAUUACAGACCUCACCCCUCCAAGAUAUAGAAAAACUCAGUAUUUCCCCUUAAACCAGCUCAAACAAACCCUCCUCACUGUACCAGCUGAUAACUUGUAUAGUUACCAACAUACAUGGAGCUCUGUCUCGGAAAAUAGCAGAGUUGUUUUGAGUUCCGGCUUUGAUUUCGCCAGAGACCUUCUUUCUGAUGAGGAUUUUCGACAGGUCUUGCAAACUAGGUAUCAUGACCUUCAUAACUUAGCUCUCGAACUUGAAAUUCCAGAUGAAAAUAAGCCCCCCCCUCCAGAAAAAAACAUCCAAGAGGGCCGCGAUGAAUCCGUGGAUCCAACUAUUUCAGGCAUAGCAAAGGGGGUGGAGGCAGUGCUACAAAGGCUGAAGGUGAUUGAACAAGAGAUCAGAGACAUCAAGACAGAGAUCCAAGGGCUCAGAUACUACGAACACCGGAUACUCACAGAGCUGGGCCGGAAAAUAGACAGCCUCGUGAACUACAGUGCCAACCUAGAGGAGCGCAAGGUGCCACAACUCUUCUAUAUAGUAGAAGCCAUAGGCAAUGGAAACAGAUACACGAAGCGGCUAGUGACUUCGCUCUUUGCUGGAAUGACCCGUCUGCGACUGCAUUUCUUCUGCGAGUUCCGUCGUGAGAUGCACGUAGUGGACGGGCAGCCUGGGUGUGACCUCCUUCGAGUUGACAGUCAGACAAUCCAAGCCUUAGUACCCUACCUCUCAGGAUUCAUGAAACUGUUGACCUUUGCGUUAAAAAUUGGUGCUCAUUUUGCAGCAGGGUUAGGGGAAAUGAUACCUGACUUAAGCAAAGAGGUUGCGCAUAUGAUCACGGGUUCGGCACUUGGUGGUGGCGGGGGCACUGGAGCAGCUGCCCUUGCUGCAGGGGCAGUGGGGAUGGCUGCGAUGGGAGCAAGAAGGGAAAGGAGGGAUAUUAAUGGCGAUACGAGGGCCGUGAGACAGUGGGUGGUGGACUUGUUGAGGAGUCAGGGGUGUUUAGGGGGGAAGGAGAUAGGGGAGAAGUUUGGGUUGUGGAGAGUGAGGUAUAGAGAUGAUGGGAGGAUUGCUUGGAUAUGUAGGAGGCAUAUGGAAGUAAGGGGUUAUGAUAUUGUAGAGGUGCCUGUUUAGGUUGGCCUAAACAACUCAUCUGGUAACUCUAUGUGGUGAGCACAUGUAGUACCAUAACCAAGUAUGUCCCUAUAAGUGUUUGUUUUCCAUUACUGCCUUUGCUAAACUGUUGCACAAGAUGUCCCUAUAAGUGUUCGUUAUUUAUAUUGUCUACGCUGAUGGCCUUAAGAGUGUUGGUCCCUAAUAUCUUGUGUGCCAAAAUGUUCAUUAUUACAUAUAUCUGAGAAGGACAUCAGUGCAAAUUUACAUUCUGUUUUGAUGAAUAAGCCCAUUUCACUGCUCCACUCAAUUUGAUAUAGCUUCAUGCAUAAUGCCGUCGCCUUCUUGAAUAGGAAUAACCCCAAUCCUAUGCUCUGCUUAUUUGACGGUUGAGCAUAAUUUGGCCCACUCCAACUGUUACGAUAUGAUGAGAUUUAGAUCAAGAUCUCACUUUAAACCUUACUUGAAUAUAUUAUCAAAUACUUCACAUGAAAAUCACCCCAAUCACGUAAGAAUCAUAAGUAUAUAUCUAUAAUAAAAGUUUCUCAAAUAUAUAUUCAAAUUCACAAUUUAUUAUCGUCUAUUUCAUGCUCUAUUAUGGUCAUCAAACACACCAAGAUGGACAAAUAUAAAUAUGGAACGAACUCACCAAUAGGUCGGCUUGUAGAGAUCAAGUAAAUCCACACCUUUAAAGCAUCAUAAGCAAUGCCAAACCUUAC